ACCUUUCUUCGUCAACAUGGGAUCAAUGUAAUUCAUUGGUUCCUCAACAAGUUAAUAAUAUAAUGAGUUAUACGGGUCCAACUAGAGAUUUAAGUUGGAGCAGUUUCAUUCUUUUCCCACUAUUAAUUUGUCCAGUAUAUUUUUUUAUUACAAUUCCCACAACAGUGGUUACUUUUCUCAUGUUGUACUUUCCAAUGGUCUGUAAAUUUGAAUAUGCGCUUUGGAAAAGUUAUAUUGGAAUUAAUGCGGGAUACAACUUUAAAUCAUUUAUAACCACAGUAACAGGGUCCAUUCUCAUACCGAUACUUGUAUUAAUAGGAGACGCUGUGUUUUUCUGUGUAGUACUCUGUGCAAGUGUCGGUGCAGUUUUUAUGGUGAUGUUUAGAUCAUUUGACGAAGGACUCGCAUAUUGCAAUAGAGUAGCAAUGGGCGUACCAGAAACCUACUUAGAAAUGAUUUUAAAUCAAUGA